GUGAUCACCAUACAAGUCGGCCAAUGCGGCAACCAGGUUGGGGGCCGGUUCUGGGACCUGGUGCUGCGGGAACACGCUCACGUCUCCAAGGUGGCGCUCUUCGACGCUGCGCUGUCAUCCUUCUUCAGGAACGUCGACUCCCGGCACGCGGACCCCCCCGACAUACCCGCCGGCGACGGCCGCGGGCCCAUCCGCACCCUGCGGGCGAGGUCCAUCCUGGUUGACAUGGAGCAGGGGGUCGUGAACUCGCUUCUGUCGGGCCCGCUCGCGGACUUGUUCGAGGCGCGCCAGUGCAUCACGGACGUCUCCGGCUCCGGCAACAACUGGUCGCACGGCCACUGCCACUACGGGCCGAUGUACCGCGACACGAUCGAGGAGAGGGUGCGGCAGCAGGCCGAGCACUGCGACUCCCUGCAGUGCUUCCUGCUGGUCCACUCGCUGGGGGGAGGCACGGGCAGCGGGCUCGGCACGUUCUUCCUGGAGACGCUGGAGGAGCUGUACCCGGAGGACGACGAUGUGAUCACGUCGCCCUACAACGCAACGCUGGCCCUGCGUUGCCUCAUCAACUCCGCGCACUGCGUGCUGCCCGUGUCGAACGACGCGCUGGUCGGCAUCUGCAACCAGAUCUCCGCGCACGACGGCGGGAGGCCCGGCGGCCAGGCGUCCCUCAUCGACCUGCCGCAGGACUCGGAGCCGCGCCGCGCCGCCGCCGCGGCGCCGCUGCGCUGCCCCGGCGACGGCGCCGCACCCGCAGAGCGGCCGGGCGCGGCGGCGGCGCGGCCUCGCCGCGACGGCUCGCGGGGCCCCGGCGGCCGCCGCACGGCGCACUCGGCGCCGCCCGCGAAGGCGGCCGAGCCGGCCGCGGCCUGCGGGUCGCCCGCCGGCAGGGCCGCGGGCCACCAGGCGCGGGGGCCGGCCUCCCGCAGCGCGGCGCCGACGCUCGGGGCGGAGCGCCCGUACGACCGCAUGAACUCGUUGGUGGCGCACCUGCUGAACAACCUCACGAGCUCGAUGCGCUUCGAGGGGUCCCUCAACCUGGACCUGAACGAGAUCACGAUGAACCUGGUGCCCUUCCCCCGCAUGCACUUCCUCCUCUCGUCCAUGAGCCCGCUCUGCUUCGGCAGGGACCCCCGCCUGGUGUCCCGCGGGUUCCAGCAGACCUUCGCGGACACGCUCACAAACAAGCACCAGCUGAUGAACAUUGACCCGAGAGGUAGCACCUACGCCGCCAUGGCCUUCCUGGUCAGGGGCUCCGCGUCGAUUGCCGACGUCAACCGCAACGUUACCCGCGUGCGCAAGCAGCUGAAGAUGUUGCCAUACAACGAGGACGCAUUCAAGAUUGGGCUGUGCGCCGUCCCGCCACGGGGCUUGCCCUACUCGGUGCUUGGCCUGGCGAACUCCUGCGCCGCGCACCACAUGUUCGGCCAGAGCCUCCGCAGCUUCUCGAGGCUGUACAGCCGCAAGGCGCACGUGCACCACUACACCGAGUACAUGGACCAGGGGAUGCUGGACGAGGCCUUCGACACAGUCAACUCCCUCAUGAAGGAGUACGUCCGCCUGGACGUGCUCCACCAGCCGCCCGCCCGCACCGACGCGCCCAUCGCCCCCGGUGGCGCGGCCUCGCUGCUGCUCGCGCCUAGCGCGUGGGCAUCGCGGGAGGCUGCCCUGCAGGCGGGCGGCCCAGAGGCUUUGCGGCGCUUCGUGCCCCAGCCGCUGAUCUCGGGCUGGAAUCCCCGAGACGGCCAAAUCCCUCACGCAGGUGGGAGGAGGAGCAGGAGAUCAGCACCUGGCCAGCUCUUCUCGUCGUCAGGAAGUCACGGCGGGAGGUUUGCUUCACAGUGA